UAAUUUCUUGUAAACAAACUUUUUGACAUUUUUAUAAAAUCCAAAAAAUUAUUUAUUAUUUGUAAAAAUGGCUAAAAUAAUUGAGAGACAUUUCGAAAACCCUUUUCCCGAGUAUUCAGAAGACUCAGCUAAAAAUGUCAUUUCAAAUAAAACGAUUGAUAAAUUGAAUAAAGUUGUAACGGGUUUAGAUGAAAAAUGGGAAACCUGUAUGAGACAACUCUCGCAAUGUCAGUCACACGAUUACACCGUGUAUACAGGCACCUCAGGAAUAGCUAUGUUAAGAUUUUUAAAAGAUCCCGAUGAUAAAGCCAACUUAUUGGAAGUCAAACGAUUAUUGAUGCUGAAUAAUUUAAAGAAGAAACGAUUAACGUUUUUAUGUGGAGAUGCUGGUCCCUUAGCUUUAGGUGCUGUUGUUUCAUAUAAACUUGGUGAUGUAGUUUUUUCAAGAAGUCUGAUUGAGGAAUUAGCAGAAUUACAAAAGGCUGUAAUAAAUUAUAAAGCCGAUUUACCAAACGAGUACAUGUAUGGACGAGCUGGAUAUUUAUAUGCAAUCCUUUACAUAAACAAACAUAUUUCCCCACCACCAAUAGAUGAUUAUUUAAUAAGAAAAGUAGUUGAAGCAAUUUUUAAUGCCGGUCAAGUAGAAUCUCGAAAUAAUAUGUGUAAUCAACCGCUUUUAUAUAAAUGGCAUGAUUCCUAUUAUCUUGGCGCGGCUCAUGGAAUGUCAGGAAUAAUGUAUUUAUUAUUACAAGCAAGAAAUUACGUCCGAGAAUCUGAAUUAAACGAUUUAAUUAAACCAACAAUUGAUUAUUUAACAAGUAAAAAGUUUGCAUCAGGUAAUUUUCCAUCAUCGUUAGGAUCACAAAGUGAUAAAUAUAUUCAAUGGUGUCAUGGAGCCCCUGGUUUUGUUUUUAUGUAUAGUGAAGCCUAUAAAGUUUUUGGCGACCAAAAGUAUUUACAGAUGGCUUUAAAAUCAGCUGAAGUUGUAUGGAACAGGGGAUUAAUUACGAAAGGUUAUAGUUUGUGUCAUGGUGUAUCUGGGAAUGCUUAUUGCUUUUUAGAAAUGUAUCAGACGACGAAAGAUUUGAAACAUUUAUAUCGCGCCAUUAAAUUUGCCGAAUGGUGUAUUGAUUAUACGAAGGAACAUGAAGAACACGAACCCGACAGACCUUUGUCUUUAUUUGAAGGAAUCGCUGGUCCUAUGUAUCUACUUGUUGAUAUACAGAAACCGAUGCAUGCUAAAUUUCCUGGAUUCACUCUUUAAAUUGUAUCAUAAUAAAAUUGCUGUAAUUUUAGAGAUUAUAAACAUAACCUAAAAUGAUUGAUUUGACAGGAA